AUGUCAACAUUCAGAAAGUGGGUCGCCAUCGUCGUCAUCAGCUCUGCAUCGCUGUGCGCUACCUGUGCGUCGUCAGUGGCGUCGUUCACGGAGGCAGGUGAAGCCGCAACCUUUGGUGUUUCAAAAGAGGUGGCAAUCCUGGGUAUCAGUUUGUAUGUUGCGGGUCUCGGUGUCGGACCUCUGUUUGUUGGACCCCUUUCCGAGGUAUACGGGCGUAACAUUGUGUACCGCGUAUCGUACCUUUUAUUCCUCAUCUUCACUUUCCCUGUCGCCUUCGCACCCGAUAUCGGUACUUUCUUGGCCUUCCGGAUCUUGACCGGCUUCUGCGGAUCCGCAUUUUUAAGUGUGGCUGGCGGCAGCGUCAGUGACAUGUUCGCCAACGAACAUGUUGCAAAUCCGAUGGCAUUCUACACUAUGUCACCAUUUAUUGGACCCGUUUUGGGACCUCUGUACGCUGGAUUCAUUAAUCAAAACACGGACUGGAGAUGGACAUACCGCGUUCAGAUCAUCUGGAUCUUCGUUGAGGUUAUCAUGUUGUUUUUUGUGCGCGAAACAUACGUUCCCGUGAUUCUUAAGAGAAAGGCAGCGAGGAUGCGUAAAGAAACCGGUAACGAUAAAUAUUACGCGCCCCUCGACCGACGCAACCAGAGUUUGCUCAGAGAGAUCGUCGUUAGCUGCUAUAGACCUUUCGAACUAAUGAUUUACGAGCGUAUGGCCCUGCUGCUAAAUACAUGGACUGCGCUACUACUUGGUAUCCUCUACCUCACCUUCCAAGCUUUCCCGUACAUCUUCGAGCAGAAUCACGGAUUCAACGUGCAGACCACUGGUCUGGCUUUCCUCGGCCUCGGCGUAGGCAUAGUCAUCGGGUCAUUAACGCAGCCCUUCUGGAACAGAAUUUUCGCGCGCGAGUCCGCGAAAUAUAACGGGAACCCGCCUCCCGAGUCACGGCUGAUCAUCGGGAUGGCUGGCGCCAUUCUGUGCCCCAUCAGUCUGUUCUGGCUCUCGUUCACUACUUAUCCUGCCGUCCCGUGGAUAGUCCCCGAGCUCGCGUCGAUCCCGUUCGGAAUGGGGAUGCUCUUCGUCUUCAACGCCGUUUUCACAUAUCUUGUCACCGCCUACCGGCCUAUUGCUGCGUCCGCGCUCGCGAGCAACAGCUUUCUUCGGUCGUCAUUCGCGGCCGCGUUCCCGCUAUUUGCGGGCGCAAUGUAUGACAAACUCGGUACGGUCGGUGCGACGGCCCUCCUGGCCGGUUUGACGACGCUCAUGGCGCCUCUUCCGUUUGUCUUCUUCAAGAUUGGCGCGCGCCUAAGGCAGAAUUCAAAGUUCACAACACGCUAA